AUGGCACAACGGCGCGCAUCCUCCUUCGGCCAGUCGCUGGCUAUUCCAACAUCCAACCUGGCUCAAAGUAGAUCCAUCGAGACCAUCGAACUGUCUAGCGUGCCGACGAGCAAUGAUCCGUACAGUAUCCAGGUUCACAGAAGACGAAACAAUGCUCGAGCAGUCAUUGAGAACCCCUUAGCCCACCUUACGGACGAGGAGCUGGAAAGAGACGUCCGCCACUUUUCGCAGAUAUGCCUGCCAUCAGUUGGUUCGGAGAAGCUGCUGAGAGCAGCACGCGUUGCCAAAGACGUCCGCUCGUACGACGACGUCGCUCGCUCCGAGGACCCCACCGCCGGACUCAACCUGCCCGUCCAGCUGACGCCGGAGGAAAAAUCAGCUCUGAAGGCGGAAAGGGAUGAGCUGUUCUCACAGCGAAAUAUGAUACCUGUCAUCCUCACGGUGUCCCUUGCCGCUUUCCUGCAGGGCUUCGUACAGUCGUUGAUCAACGGUGCCUCGCUCUUUGCCAGCGAGUUCGGUCUGCCCAAUGUGACCGCAGCCCACACCGGCAUGCAUGACAGGAACUUCUCACCUCGUCGGCCUACUGGGGACGACUGGAGACUGGGAGCCGCCAACGCGUCGCCGUAUUUAUUCGCUGCGUUCGUGGGCUGCUGGGUUUCCUUGCCCAUCAAUGACCGAGUCGGACGACGGGGUGCAAUGGCUGUGGCCGCUUGUCUCAUCUUUGCGAGUUCCCUCGGUGCGGUAUGGUGCGACAAGUGGUACAAGCUGUUCAUUGUCCGCUUUUUCAACGGGGUCGGUAUGGGUGUGAAGGCCGUGAGUACGCCUAUCUUGGCCUCGGAAACGGCAAUCGGAUACUGGCGAGGCAGUUCUAUCCUGGCUUGGCAGCUAUGGGUUGCUUUUGGUAUCAUGAUGGGGUUCGCCUUCAAUCUCAUCUUUUAUACCGCAAAUAACCAUAAACUGAGCCUGCAACUGAUACUGGGCGCGCCGAUGGUCCCAUGUAUCUUCCUCCUUGUGGGACUCUGGUUCUGUCCCGAGAGUCCUCGUUACUAUAUGCGCCGAAGAAGUAGGAGCUUCAACCCGUCGAAAGCCUACCAUGUUCUACUGAAACUGCGCAAGACGGAACUCCAAGCACUUCGAGACAUAUAUCUUGUCUAUAAGUCUGUCCAGCAAGAAUACACUGGCGAAUUUGACUUUGCGAAUCAGGGAGACUAUGUCCCUCGAGGGCUCCUCGCUCAUAUGAGAUUAUACGUAUCCCGUACGUCCUUUUCCUUGCAGCUUUGCCUUUACGAGCUGAAGCUCACGCCGCAGCCCUCGUGCGAUACUAAUGUCUCGAUAGUCAACAUCUUUGCCUUCUACUCAGGGCCUUUGUUCAAUGGGGUCUUGCAGAAGAACGACGCUCUUCACCCGAUGCUAUACAGUUUGGGCUACGGUGCGGUCAACUUCGUAUUCGGCCUGCCCGCCAUCAGGACCAUUGACACACUCGGUCGUCGCAAGUGGCUCGUUUUGACACUGCCCGCAAUGUGUCUCUUCAUGGCCGCGGCUGCUUUGUCGAGUCUGUUAGGCGACCCUCAAAUCAGAGGCGGAAUCAUUGCUCUUUUCGUGUUCUUGUUCGCUGCUGCAUACUCACCAGGAAUGGGGCCUAUCCCAUUCACACUGGCGUCCGAAAGCUUCCCCUUAUCCCACCGAGAAAUUGGCUGCGCAUUCGCCAUUGCCGUGAACCUCCUCUUUGCCGGCAUUCUCUCAAUUUCAUUUCCCAGCAUCUACGCAGCCCUCAAAGACGGCGGCACAUUUGGAAUCUUCUCGGGGCUGAACUUCCUGGCCUUCAUCCUGGUCCUGCUGCUCGUCGAAGAGACCAAGCGCCGGUCACUAGAGGACCUCGACCUGGUCUUCGCAGUCCGAAAAACCGUCUUCAUCAAGCACCAAGUGACGAAGUACGUGCCUUGGUUCGUUGGCCAUUACCUUUUGCGCCGCAAGGUGGAUAAGCCGUCACUGUACGAGGACCUCGUCUGGGGCACGCCCAAGAAACAGUCGAAAGAUGGCGAGGAUGUUGAGGAGGGUCGUUCGAGCUGGCAGGAAAACGUGUUAAGUGCUGAUGCGCCGCAGUCCAGGCCUCAGCAAGGACUUGGUGCUGGGCCAGAGCCAAGGGGGCGCGCAUCUGAGGAAUCCGAGGACUCUAGGUACGAAUGA